GAGUGUCCUCAGGCUAUAGAAAAGAUAGAUGCGAAGAUACCAGUUUUACUCCGCCCUUCCCACCCUUCCAUCCAAGCGGUGCAAUGGGAAGAAACUGGCACAAACUGUCUCCCACUUGAGAAAUUAAAACAAUGGCCGGCGGUGGCAUAAGGGAGACUCACAUAGUCCUCGCAAUGCAACUGCAAUAGAAAGCCGGCAGCCCCAACCAGCGCCAGACGUCCACCGCCAGCCUAUUAGGGAAGCCUCGGGGUCGCGGGCUCCUGUUCGCAGCCGGAGAACCCGCCGCUAGGAGGCGCCGCGAGCGCGCCAGCCCCGCCCGCUGCUGAAGGAGGGCUAGCGCCCGAUCCCCUCCGCCAAACCCCUAGCCGCCGGGCAGGCAGGCGGGACUAGACGCGGGGACUGUCACUGCAGACGCGCCGCUCCUACCGACCCGGGACGCGAGCAUCAAGGGAACUCCAGGCGCCACCCUGCCAUUUGUCCCACCGGAGUCCUUGGCUCCCGCUCCCCAGUGAGCAGCAUCAGGAAGACGGCGAUGUCUGCUGGGGCCCGCCGGAGGAACCGGGCGCAGCAUUUCGCCCCCCUCUGGUGUUUCUCGGUCGGGUUGGGGAUGCUGUGGUCCCCUGCCUCACAGGCUUUCAACUUGGACGUGGACAAACUCACCGUGUACAGCGGCCCAAAGGGCAGCUACUUCGGCUACGCAGUGGACUUCCACAUACCUGAUGCCCGCACAGCAAGUGUCUUGGUGGGGGCACCCAAAGCCAAUACCAGCCAGCCGGACAUCGUGGAAGGGGGAGCCGUCUAUUACUGCCCUUGGCCGGUGGAAGGAUCUGCACAGUGCAAGCAGAUACCGUUUGACACCACCAACAACAGAAAGAUCAGAGUUAACGGAACCAAAGAACCUAUAGAGUUUAAAUCGAAUCAGUGGUUUGGAGCAACAGUGAAAGCUCACAAAGGGAAAGUUGUGGCCUGUGCUCCUUUAUAUCAUUGGAGAACUCUUAAACCAACACCAGAAAAAGACCCUGUUGGCACUUGCUACGUGGCAAUUCAGAAUUUCAGUGCCUAUGCUGAGUACUCCCCUUGUCGGAACAGCAAUGCCGAUCCUGAAGGCCAAGGUUACUGCCAAGCAGGAUUUAGUCUGGAAUUUUAUAAGAAUGGAGACCUCAUUGUAGGAGGACCUGGAAGUUUUUACUGGCAAGGUCAAGUGAUCACCGCCAGUAUUGCAGACAUUAUUGCAAAUUACUCAUUCAAGGAUAUUCUGAGGAAACUGUCUGGAGAAAAGCAGACCGAAGUGGCUCCAGCUUCCUACGAUGAUAGUUACCUUGGAUACUCAGUUGCUGCUGGGGAAUUCACUGGAGACUCUCAGCAAGAAUUGGUUGCAGGAGUUCCAAGAGGAGCACAGAAUUUUGGAUAUGUGUCAAUCAUUAAUUCUACAGAUAUGACCUUUAUCCAGAAUUUCACUGGUGAACAGAUGGCAUCUUAUUUUGGUUAUAGUGUUGUUGUAUCGGAUGUUAACAAUGAUGGGAUGGAUGACAUAUUGAUUGGGGCACCCCUCUUUAUGGAACGUGAAUUUGAGAGUAACCCUAGAGAAGUAGGGCAAGUCUACCUGUAUUUGCAAGUGAGUGCCCUCCUCUUCCAAGAUCCACAGGUCCUCACAGGCACCGAGACUUUUGGAAGAUUUGGUAGUGCUAUUGCGCACUUAGGGGACCUGAACCAGGAUGGAUACAAUGACAUCGCCAUCGGUGUGCCCUUUGCGGGCAAGGAUCAAAGAGGCCAAGUGCUCAUUUACAACGGGAAUGAGAACGGCUUGAACACCAGAGCGUCCCAGAUGCUGCAAGGAGCAUGGGCCUCCCAGACCAUCCCUUCCGGAUUUGGCUUUUCUUUAAGAGGAGAUUCAGACAUUGACAAGAAUGAUUACCCAGAUUUACUUGUGGGUGCGUUUGGAACAGGAAAAGUAGCUGUUUACAGAGCAAGGCCAGUUGUGACUGUGGAUGCCCAGCUUCUGCUGCACCCAGUGAUUAUCAAUAUUGACAAUAAAACUUGCCAGAUUCCAGAAUCUUUGACACCUGUGGCCUGCUUUUCUUUAAGAGUAUGUGCAUCUGUAGCAGGUCAGAGCAUUUCAAACACAAUAGCCCUGACAGCUGAGGUGCAGUUAGACUCCCUGAAACAGAAAGGAGCCAUUAAAAGAACACUCUUCCUGGGUAACCAUCAACCCCAUCUCCUCUUCCCUCUGGUGAUAAAGCGUCAGAAAUCCCUCCAGUGCCAGGAUUUUGUCGUUUACCUUCGAGAUGAAACAGAAUUCCGAGAUAAAUUAUCUCCAAUCAAUAUUAGUUUGAAUUACAGCUUGGAUGAAUCCACCUUUAAAGAAGGCCUGGAAGUGAACCCAAUACUAAACCACUACAGGGACAAUGUCGUUACUGAACAGGCUCACAUCCUGGUGGAGUGUGGAGAAGAUAAUCUGUGUGUUCCUGACUUGAAGCUGUCGGCUAGACCAGAUAAGCACCAGAUUAUCAUUGGAGAUGAAAAUCACCUUAUGCUCAUAAUAAACGCAAGAAAUGAAGGGGAGGGGGCCUAUGAAGCGGAACUCUUUGUAAUGAUACCAGAAGAGGCGGAUUAUGUUGGCAUUGAACGUAACAACAAGGUACUGCGGCCACUGAGCUGUGAGUACAAGAUGGAAAAUGUGACCAGGAUGGUGGUGUGUGACCUUGGGAACCCUAUGGCGGCUGGAACAAAUUAUUCUCUGGGCCUCCGGUUUGCAGUUCCACGUCUUGAGAAAACCAACAUGAGCAUUAACUUCGAUCUCCAAAUCAGAAGUUCCAACAAGGACAACCCAGACAGCAAUUUUGUGAAUUUGCAGAUCAACAUCACUGCUGUAGCUCAAGUAGAAAUAAGAGGAGUAUCCCACCCUCCGCAGAUCAUUCUGCCCAUUCAUAACUGGGAACCGGAAAUGGAGCCCCGCACAGAGGAUGAAGUUGGACCAUUGGUGGAGCAUAUUUAUGAGCUGCACAAUAUUGGACCGAGUACCAUCAGUGACACCAUUCUGGAGGUGGGCUGGCCAUUCUCUGCGCGGGAUGAGUUUCUCCUUUAUAUUUUUCAUAUUCAAACUCUGGGACCUCUGCGGUGUCAAACAAGUCCUGAUAUCAACCCACAAGAUAUAAAGCCUGCAGCCUCCCCAGAGGACACCCCUGAGCUCAGCGCCUUUCUGCGAAACUCUACCAUUCCUCAUCUUGUCAAGAAGCGGGAUGUGCCUGGUGUUCAGCUCCACAGACAGAGUCCCACAAAAAUACUGAAUUGUACAAAUAUCGAGUGUUUGCAAAUCUCCUGUGUAGUGGGACGACUAGAAGGAGGAGAGAGUGGAGUUCUCAAGGUCAGAUCUCGACUGUGGGCCCACACGUUCCUCCAGAGAAAAAAUGAUCCCUAUGCUCUUGCAUCCAUGGUGUCCUUUGAAGUUAAGAAGAUGCCUUAUAAAGAUCAGCCAGCUAAACUCCCAGAAGGAAGCAUAGCAAUUAAGACCUCAGUUAUUUGGGCAACCCCAAAUGUAUCCUUCUCCGUCCCACUGUGGGUCAUAAUACUAGCAAUACUUCUUGGAUUGUUGGUUCUGGCCAUUUUAACUUUAGCUUUAUGGAAGUGCGGGUUCUUUGACAGAGCAAGACCUCCUCAGGAUGAUAUGGCUGACAGAGAACAGCUGACCAGUGACAAAACUCCUGAGGCGUGACAAGGAAAAGCAAUGACCAAAAACCCAAACACUGAUUCUGUUCAAAGAAAAGAAAGGACAUAAGGGCUAAAUAAAGGCUUUCCUGUACCUGCCAGUGACCUAGGAAAUGAAGGGCCCCUGAGUUUAUCACCUCAUCUACUCCACACUUUAGGAAAGUUUCCAUAGAGCCCAGAAAACCUUCUGGAACAAGGAGAUGCCAACACUGUAGAAGCAAUCAGCAUCAUGGAAGAUUUCUUUUGCUUUCCUCAUUCCAUAUUUGACAGACAUUUUGAAAUGGAUGAAAUGGGAAUGAGAAUUCAAGUUGCUGUCCAGGUCAAUCCAACUUGAGUUGCAAAGUCGAAAUGUCAGAAUCACUAUAGAAUUGGGAUGAACUAAGACUGAACCGUCCAACACUGCUGUAUCCAAUGGAAUAUCUGACAUCUCCCUAUGGAAAAGAAACAUUUUGAAUGAAGUGAUGGCUCAGGGAGAUAAGCAAUAUGUUGUCGGUACUGUGAAAGUACUUUUGAAAUGACAAAGAUCAUUCUGUAAGCGAGGAGAAAUUUUUAUUUAUUUAUUUUCCAUUUCUCUAGGUUGAGAUUCUGGUUGUCUAGAGGAUUUGGAAAUUAAGAUUUGGUUAGCUAGUUUUCUGAAUCGCUCACCUCUUUUCUUCCUAUGAUCACCACUCUGUGCAGUAACAAUAACAGAGCUACUUCAGAAUUUAGACCAUAUUAAGAAAAAGCAAAUUGACAUUAGAAGUUUGUUUUAUUUAAUAUUUUCCUGCCUCAUACCAGAAAUCACUAUUAUUCACACUCUCUGAAACUCACAGCUGCUUCAUUUAGCCUAACAAAAAUGUUGCAUUUUUAUUUCCUUUCAUAUAUAUAUGUUUUUUUAAAAAAAUAUUUCCACUCACUUAGUUAAUACAUGAUUUUCAAGGUACUCAUCACACUAUGUGGUGUUUUAAAGUAAUGGUAAAAUUUCUAGAGUCCAUUAAUAAAAAAGAAAUUUAAUUAAAUAUGGAUAAACUUAAUUUUUAAUAGCUAUAACAGGCAACACCAAUAUUUAUCUUGGGAUUAAAUACCUGUUUUCCCUGCUAUACUUCAUACUUGUAUACACAGAGAAAACAUGUUGAAGAUAAAUAGGAUGGAAAUAUAUAAAUUAUAUAGAUGUGAGACAAACAUAGAAAACUAAUUCCUAAAGAUUUUAUUUAAAGUUGCUUAUUCCAACUUUAUCAUUCAUUUUUUGCUAAUCUUUAUAGUCUAUAAUCUUGGAGGAUAAUCUUUUAUUUAAGCUAUUUUCCCAUCAUCUUUAAUUUAACCAUCAAUACUUUUGUUUAAAACACUUGUAAAUAAUCCAUAAUCAUGUGUAAUAUUAUCAUUUUGAAAUAAGAUUGGCCGGCCAAAUUCAUAGUCUGCACAAUUUUGUAUACUUUUUUGUAUACUUUUUAUAAUAAUGGGAAAUUACUAUGAAGAAAUGCUGAACAAAUUUUUAUGUGCAAUACUUUAUAGACCUAUGUAUCUAAGGCAUGUUUACACUGGCAUUAGUUUUUUUAAUUAAUAUCCUGAAUAUUAAGUAUGAUAGAACAAGCUGACUAUAAUCCUCAAGUUUACAAAGCAGUUGGAAAAAAUUGUGUCCCAAUUUCAACAAUCACACUUUAUUUGAAAAAUGAGCCAAACUCACAGACACUAAAUUUUAUGUUGUGCAUUAACCUGGAGAGAAGCCAUUUGGCUACAGCUGCAGAACCUCAUUGGAAAGCAGACGAAAGGCACAUGGAAAAACAUAUUGUUGCAGUUCAUCUUCUUUUUGCUUGUGAAUUAAAUCCUGUCCUGGUAGCUAUUUCAUGUCUGUCAGGAGCUGAAGCCAAGCUCUCAGUCUGUGCGGCUGAUGGUAAAGAAGCAUGAUGCUUGCCUCAGAGAGUUGGAGAAUCCCACACCAGCCUCUGGGGGUCUUUGGUGUUCAAUCUUUAGGUAGAACUGGUUUUACAGAUUGUUGACCAUCUGUCAUCUAUAAGAUGUGACCUAAGGGAAGCCAGGCAACUCUCUCUCCCCCAGAUAAUGGCCUGACUUUUGUCGAAUCUGACAUGUGACCAACAAAAAUUAGCCUUGGGAUUUUUGGUCAUAGGAGAGUUCCUGAAUACUGCACCCUUUGCCUUCAAGAAACUUAGAUCCAAACAUAGGGAACUGCAUAGAUAGUUCAUGCAGACACCUGAGGAAACUAGAGAUGCCCGGAAUGGGACCCAGAUCAGAGUAAGGCAUGAGAACUUCAAGGGCCAACCAUAGCUUCUACAGUCACAGCCGGGAGGACACUGCUGCCAGUAGGCACUGUGGGGGAGCAUCCUAUGCACAAAGUCCCUCAGAACGUGGAAGCAAAUGGAGGGAGGGAGGAGAGUAAGGUCAGGUGAGCCUUCCAGUCAUGGGUUCUUUGGCACUCCCUCUGCAUGGAGAGCACCCUGGCUGCACUGAGGAGAUAAUGCUUACAGCUUUGCCUGUUUCUUUCCUAAGUCCCAAUGCACUGUGUUCCUCUUAGAACCUAUCUGUAUUUCUCUUCAAAGAAUACUCUUUUCCAAUUUCUUGCAGCUGGUUUUUAAGAUAUGGGAAAAUGGCCAAAUUAAGUUUUAUAAACUUGGAGAUUUUUUAUGCAGUAAAUGAAUAACAAGUACUAGUUACCACUGAAACCCCACUCUUAAAACUUAAAUCUUGUUUUAUUUAAAUACAUUUGUAGAUAUCUGUGAAGAAUUUUCAGGUACCUAAUUUACCUUGUUGUUAAUAAAAUUGAAAUUAAAGACA